AUGUCACCAUCUGCCGCUACCACCACCGCCGGGCUUCGAACCAUCCCAGGCGCCAGAGUUGCCGCUACCACCGCCGCCGGGCUUCGAACCAUCCCAAACGCCAGAGUUGCCGCUACCACCGCCGCCAUAGCUGCCGCUACCACCACCGCCGGGCUUCGAACCAUCCCAGGCGCCAGAGUUGCCGCUACCACCGCCGCCGGGCUUCGAACCAUCCCAAACGCCAGAGUUGCCGCUACCACCGCCGCCAUAGCUGCCGCUACCACCACCGCCGGGCUUCGAACCAUCCCAGGCGCCAGAGUUGCCGCUACCACCGCCACCGGGCUUCGAACCAUCCCAGGCGCCAGAGUUGCCGCUGCCACCACCGCCGCCAGGCUUCGAACCAUCCCAGGCGCCAGAGUUGCCGCUACCGCCGCCACCGGGCUUCGAACCAUCCCAGGCGCCAGAGUUGCCGCUGCCACCACCGCCGCCAGGCUUCGAACCAUCCCAGACGCCAGAGCUGCCGCUACCACCGCCGCCAGGCUUCGAACCAUCCCAGGCGCCAGAGUUGCCGCUGCCACCACCGCCGCCAGGCUUCGAACCAUCCCAGACGCCAGAGUUGCCGCUGCCACCACCGCCGCCAGGCUUCGAACCAUCCCAGACGCCAGAGCUGCCGCUACCACCGCCGCCGGACUUCGAACCAUCCCAGGCGCCAGAGUUGCCGCUGCCACCACCGCCGCCAGGCUUCGAACCAUCCCAGGCGCCAGAGUUGCCGCUGCCACCACCGCCGCCAGGCUUCGAACCAUCCCAGACGCCAGAGCUGCCGCUGCCACCACCGCCGCCAGGCUUCGAACCAUCCCAGACGCCAGAGCUGCCGCUACCACCGCCGCCGGACUUCGAACCAUCCCAGGCGUCAGAGCUGCUGCUGUCACCAUAGGAGGAAGAACAAUACCAGCGACAGUGACUUCCUCUGUCGUCCCCAUGAGUUGCGACUGGUGGGGCAAAGCUAUCCCCGUCAGAUGGUACCACUCAGUAUAG